UGGCAUCAUCAUCAGCAGCUACAGCGCAGCGGCAGAGCGGUAGCGGUGGGAGCCCAGACUCUCUCAUCUCCAGUGACUCCUUUAGAUUCUACAUGUAAACACGGAUCAUUGGGGGAAUUCUAGAAGCCACAACGCGACAUCAGACAGCAGCAUAACGCCCUGGCGAGUCUCCCAGUCAGCGGAAACCUGCAACAAUGUCUUCGUCUGUUAGCGAGACAGAGGAGGUGCGCGUCUCGGCGCUGACGCCUUUGAAGUUGGUGGGACUGGUGUGCGUGUUCCUGGCGCUGUGCUUAGACGUUGGAGCCGUGAUGAGCCCGGCAUGGGUGACCGCCGACGACCAGUACUGCUUCUCACUGUGGGAGGCGUGCUGGAAAGCAGCGUCGUCUGAGAUCUGGCAGUGCAACAGCACGCUGGAGGCAGACUGGCAGAUCGCCACCCUGUCCUUGUUGCUAGGUGGAGCUGCUCUGGUCCUGCUCUCCUUCCUGGUGGUCCUGGUGUCAGUGUGUAUCGGCUCUCGGAGACGCUUCAACAGACCUGUCGCUGUCAUGCUGUUCGCUGCAGUGGUGUUGCAGGGCUGCAGUCUGGUCCUCUACCCCAUCAAGUUCACUGAGACCAUCAGCAUGAGCAUAUACCACGAGUUCAACUGGGGUUACGGCCUGGCCUGGGGCGCUACCAUUUUCUCCUUCGGCGGGGGGAUCCUCUACUGCCUCAACCCUAAGAACUAUGAAGACUACUACUGACCCUGCUGGACUGUACCACUGUGACCCCCCCUCCCUCCCCCCCUGUAGUCGCUGGCUGUCAUACAUAUCCUAUACUGUAUAAUGCUAAUGCUCGCUAGAGAGACAGGUAGACACAGAGAGAUGCACACACACACACACACACACGUCAGCAUACAGUAUUUCCUGUGGAAGCAGGCAGAGGCUCAGUGCUGGGGUGGAUGGAUGAUUUCACAGUACCCUGUACCCUGCUCUGUACUGCCUCUUCAGUCAGAGACUAACAGAUAACAGACUGACCAAUCAGAUCACUCUAUCUGUCCUCAAACCCUGGGACAAGGACUCACUGAAGCACUGUUACCGACCAAGUAUUACUUAGAAGGCCUUAGGGAUAAGGAUGAGGCUAAGCUCGGCAAACCCAGAAGGAAAAUCUGGUGCCAGCUACCAUUUAUGUUAUGUAGUCUGUCCACAAGAGAUUAGGAUGAGUCUGACUGGAAAACAGACUUGUCUUCUCACUGGUUGGCAGAGACAGACUGGGAUGACCAACACUGGUAGGCAGAGAGACUGGGAUGACCAACACUGGUAGGUAGAGACAGACUGGGAUGACCAACACUGGUAGGUAGAGACAGACUGGGAUGACCAACACUGGUAGGUAGAGACAGACUGGGAUGACCAACACUGGUAGGUAGGGACAGACUGGGAUGACCAAGACUGGUAGGUAGAGACAGACUGGGAUGACCAACACUGGUAGGCAGAGACAGACUGGGAUGACCAACACUGGUAGGUAGAGACAGACUGGGAUGACCAACACUGGUAGGUAGAGACAGACUGGGAUGACCAACACUGGUAGGUAGAAACAGACUGGAAUGACCAACACUGGUAGGUAGAGACAGACUGGGAUGACCAACACUGGUAGGCAGACAGACUGGGAUGACCAACACUGGUAGGUAGAGACAGACUGGGAUGACCAACACAGGUAGGCAGAGACAGACUGGGAUGACCAACACUGGUAGGCAGAGACAGACUGGGAUGACCAACACUGGUAGGUAGAGACAGACUGGGAUGACCAACACUGGUAGGUAGAGACAGACUGGGAUGACCAACACUGGUAGCUUGGCAUGUGAAGGCGAGGAAGAGACCCAGUGACCCACAGGACACCAAUGCCACUACAAUGUAUCUCCAUGGAAGUAUGAACCCCCAUAGCUAGCUACAGUUGGGCUCAAUUCCAUUUCAAUUCCAGUCAAUUCAGGAAGUACAAUUCCAAUGACCUCCAAUACUUUUCAAUGAGGAAUUGGAGUUUUGGUUUACUUUCUGAAAUGAUUGGAAUUGAAAUGGAAUUGACCCCAAUCUUGGUAAAGAGGAGGUUUGGUACGUCCCAAUACUCCAAAACAGAGGUUUCCUUCCUGUCUUCAUAGCCAGUGAAGAGCACAGAGACAGACAGGGAGCCGUUAAAGCCCGUUUAGGACACAGCCCAGUAAUGUGGUACUGGUCUGUAGCUUAUCUGGUCUGUCUCAUCACAGCUUUGUCAGGUUUUUUGCAGCGAUGUAGGAAUGUUCCGUGGUCUAGAAGAGGAGACAGACAGAUAGCUUAGUUUAUGUCUGGUAACACAUUUACUUGUCCGACAAUAAUCCAAAUGAAAUGUAACCACACAAAUCAAAUAUUAUUAUUUUGAUGGACAUCCUACAGUAGAUUGAGGGGUAAAUUGUUGAAUGAUGUUCGUGAAGAUGUUGACGAGAUGUGUGAGUAGAUUGGAGGGACGGAGAGAGAGAGA